GAUGGCGGUGAACAGGAACCACUCCGAAGGCGGCGGGGACCCGCCCAACGGGGAGAGUAUUCUCAAGCAUUGUAAAGAUGUGGAGCUGACCUUUUCUGAUGUGACUAGUAAACCAGAGAUCUUCAAAGGCACCAAGAAAGGAAUGGUGUUCCUCACUCCUUACAGGGUUAUUUUUGUUUCCAAGGGCAGGGACCCAAUGAUGUCUUUCUCAAUGCCGUUCUACCUGUUAAAAGGGUGCUCCAUUGAACAGCCAGUAUUUUCUGCCAAUUACAUCAAAGGAGUGAUACAAGCUGAACCAGGAGGUGGCUGGGAAGGGCAGGCCUCUUUUAAGAUGAGCUUCUUCAGUGGAGGUGCCAUAGAAUUUGGACAGCUGAUGUUUAGGCUUGCUAGUGAUGCUUCCAGGGGAGUACCUGCUCAGAGCUUUGGCUACGGCUAUACACCUGUUCCUGGGGGCUAUGCCCCUUCCCCCUUUCCAGGAGGAUAUGCACCUGCACCAGGGGGCUAUGCUCCACCAGCUCCGGGACCAUAUUAUAUGCCUGCACAAAUGAAUGGAUAUGGACCUGCUCCCCAGCCUAUGGGAUAUCCUUAUGCACCUCCUCAAGGCAUGUAUCCACCGCCUCCUGGAAUGAACUCCAUGUAUAUGGCACCUCCUCCCCCAUACCCUGGUCCUUCUGUGGCAGGACCUUCAGCACCACCUGAGGCAGGACCUUCAGCUCCUAGAAGCUGGACAGAACCAGGAAUGCCAGGUGGAAACAAAGCAUCAGAUGCAACUUCCAGUGCAUAUUAUAAUCCAGCCAAUCCUCACAAUGUCUACAUGCCAAUGGAUCAGCCACCUCCUUAUGCACCACCUGAGGAGAAGAAGAACAACUAAUGAGCCCAGUAGUCACCCUCUCAAGUUUCUUGGCUUUGAAGACUUCGCAGUUGCUGCCUUCUCCUGGUUCUGUCCCUAGGUCAUCCUGUGUCAGUAACACACCCCAUAUUGGGUGACAUUAGAAACCUGCUGUUCUUAAAGUUAUAGUAUGGCAGUACAAAAAAGCAGUGACAGUGAAGUUUUCCUGACUGCUUGCUUUCUCUCUUGAGGCCAGGAUAAGGCUGCCAUGACUGUUUUAGCCUCACUUUGAAGGGAGUGGUGAAUUAUCCAUAAUGCAAAUGAAGUCACUUCACGUACAUAGGAAACAGACUGCUUCCAUAAUGUGAUAAAGAUACUUGGAUUUGAGGGGAGUAUUACAUGUUUACAUGCAUCUCUGCAUGCCUUGUAGCAUCACUCUGACAUGUUACAAUUCUCACAUCAUGCAGUUUAAUGCAUAAGAGGGAAUUUGGUAAAUAUGUAGAUGCUUGUAUCUCUUCCCUGAAAAAGUAUCAGUUAGGAUGGGACUCUCCAACGGGGACCAAAAGGUUAAAUAGUAUCUGUCUUUUAAAAUAACUGUCACUGCAACUCCAGCUAAUAGGUUAUAAAACCACAUAUAUCUCUGCAGCAAAAUUCUUCUCUAUACUUUUUGCAACUUAAAUAACUUAUCCCUUGCAAAAGGCUACUAGGUGGGAAGAUAGAUAUCACAUAUGUGAAAUGGUAUGACGUAGGUUCUCUGUUUCUCUUGUUUUGACUGUUAGGCUGCUGUCAUACAGCAACAGAUUUCAAUUACAUGUCCAGCCUAUUCAUGCUUUAGAUGGAAAAUGUGGAAAGAAUCCAUUUAUCUGAAUUGGAACCAAAGAUACAAAUACAGCUAAGCACAAGCUGUAAAAUUUGAGUACAGAAACAAGAGCAAGACAUUAGAGUGAUCUGAAAACAAAACUCAUGCAGAAUAUUUUGCCUCUUGGAAACAGGCCCCAUCUAUGACCAGAAUUCCUUGGUACCUGGUGUGAUAAGACAGAAGUAUGUUUGAUACCUAAAAGUACAUUUUCUGUUAUAGAAGAUGAAAUGAUUGUAGAAAGUAAUUUGGGAAAGUCUUAAGCUGACUUUGAAUUUGAACUUGUCAGGCCUCUGUAUAUGUUGAGCUAGGCCCUAACUUAAUUAGAAAGUAAUAAAUGAGGAAUAAUGUUGGGGCAAGAGUUGCUUGUAAUCAUGUUGGGAUAAGAUUUUUGAUGCUGAACAAUGUUGGAGAUGGAUUAAACUUGAGCAAAGAAGGCCAAAGAGGCAAUUAUGUUCCUGCAUUAACUGUUGUCUUACUUAAGCUGUUACUAAUUUGGCAGUGAGAUGUUACAUCCCUUUAGCUCUAUUACAUGGUGCUUUGGCUCUAUUAAAUGAGAAAAAGCACAAGCCAUACACUAAUAUAUGUUCACAGAUUCUUUUCUAUUUUCCCUCUAGUAACAGAGCAUAUUACUCUGUAUAGCAAAAGCUUUUCUAAUAUAUCUUUCUAAACCAAAUCCAAGAAGCUUAAUAACUUUCCAUAAUUUAAGUAUUUAGAUGUGUUUGUAAUAUUUUUGAAUUGCACUUUAAUACAGAGUUAUUGAAAUCUU